AUGAACGAAAAAAUCAAGAAUAUUAUGGGCAAAAAAGACAACGAAAGCAGUCAGGUGCCUCUGGAAGACCCUCCUCCAUACAGUGAAGGCGCCAAUUAUGGUCCAAAUGUCCCAAAUGCUGAGUUUCUACCUCCACACGAACACCAUGGCUCCAAUGAAUAUCCUGAUGAAAAGAAGUCGGGUGCCUUUGAAGGCCCUCUGAGCUCCAACAACUCGUACCAGGGCCCCGGCUACGAUCCAAUGCAGGACCCCAAUGUCAUCAAAGUCAAGCCAAAUAUGGUCAAUAUCAGCCAGGCAAGACCAGAGCAUUUGAACCCAUCAUACCCAGAAUUCCAGGCCCGUGAAAACGAACGAUGGAAACAGGGAAACACACCAAUUCCUCGCGAGUAUUACAAGCACGGAGCACCGCUCGCACCUGGUCAUCAAGGAUCGAGUAAAACUGGUGGAGGAGCGUUUCCUGGAUCUCUGGGCGCUAGCUAUAACAACGCUGCUAGGCGAUAA